AUGAAGCUCCUCUUUCCUAUCUUUGCCAGCCUCAUGCUACAGUACCAGGUGAAUACAGAACUUUGGAAUACGCCAAAAUGCUUAAUGGGUUUUGGAAAAUGCAAGAGCUCCUGCAACGAAGAUGAAAAAGAAGUUCAGAAAUGCAAGAAGAAAAAAUGUUGCAUUGGCCCCAAAGUGAUCAAACUGAUAACCAUGUACCUGCGCCACGAAAUACCCCAUAUACCUGAGAUAGAAAACGAAACGAUGCUCAUUGGUCACAUAGAUCCUAAGGUAAAACAAARCAAAUAUAUUCUAUCAGUUCCCCUGGAUAUCGAAAGCACCAUCRUUUUCCCCAAUAACAACUCUGUCAUCGUCUCCAGUACCACCCCUGUGCUCCCCACAGGAUACACCAUUCACACUGCUACCCCUACUGAGAGAGAGACUCAGCAAACCAUAGGGUCUGUUGAUGUCUCUCCUCUACCAGAACCACCCUAG